AUGGAGGAUGAAAGGCGAGGAAAUUGUCCAGAAAGUAGUACAAUGCCGACAUCAACAACAUUAUCUACAAUGUCAAUCAUUCCAAAUAAUAAUAAUAAUAAUAAUAAAGAACAAGAUCGGUUCCUUCCUAUAGCUAAUGUGGGUCGAAUCAUGAAGAAGGUAAUCCCAGGAAAUGGAAAGAUCUCCAAAGAUGCAAAAGAAACGGUUCAAGAGUGUGUAUCAGAAUUUAUAAGCUUUGUUACUGGAGAAGCAUCUGAUAAAUGCCAGCGUGAGAAGAGAAAGACAAUCAAUGGUGAUGACAUUAUAUGGGCCAUCACAAUUCUCGGGUUUGAAGAUUACGUUCUCCCUCUUAAACAAUAUCUUAGCAAAUAUAGAGAAUUAGAAGGUGAAAAGCUAAAUGUUCCAAAGCAGAACCAACCACAACAACAUGAUCAGAAGCCAACUUUUUCAUACAACAGUGUAUAUUCUCCUACAGGCCUUCUUCCCCAAACUUCAUUUGUUCCAACAGAUCAACCUUUUCCUUUGCCUUUUUCCCCCAACUCAAUUCAGUCACAAUUACCUAAACAGGAACACGUUGAUUCUAUGGGACACUGGUAA